AUGACAAACCUUUCACAGGUUUCAUAUUUCAUUUUUAGUGCCUACUUUGACACUGGGCCAUUCAAAUACUUAUAUUUCACUAUUGUCAUGUCUCUGUAUGUGUUUAUAUUUGGAUCUAACCUCCUGCUGAUUGUGGUUAUCUGUGUGAACAGAAGCUUACAUGAACCUAUGUACAUGUUUCUGUGCAGCCUGUUUGUGAAUGAGCUGUAUGGUAGUACAGGGCUGUUUCCGUUCCUCCUGCUUCAGAUCCUCUCUGAUGUUCACACUGUUUCUGCUCCUCUGUGCUUCCUGCAGAUCUUCUGUCUCUACACUUAUGCAAAUAUAGAGUUUUAUAACUUAGCCAUCAUGUCCUAUGACAGGUAUCUUGCUAUCUGCUAUCCUCUACAGCAGGGGUCCUCAAUCUCAUAUCACACACAUAUGACGUUAAACAAGGUUGCCAAGCUGAUCGUUCUCACAUGGUUGUUCCCUAUUCUGAAUAUAGUUGUGAUGAUAUCACUGAAUGCCUCACUGCAGCUGUGUGGACACACUGUUGACACACUGUACUGCAACAAUUACUCUGUCAUGAAACUGGCCUGCUUUGACACAACAGUUAAUAACAUCUAUGGACUCGUGUACACAUUCACUGUACUAAUUGGUCUUGCAUUCCUAAACUUGUUCACAUAUGUUAAGAUUCUUAAAGUCUGUUUUUCUGGAUCCAAACAGACCCGACAGAAAGCCAUCAGCACCUGCACGCCUCACCUCGCUUCUCUGCUCAACUUUUCAUUUGGUUGCUUCUUUGAAAUAGUGCAGAGCAGGUUUAACAUGAGCAGAGCUCCCAUGAUCUUACGCGUUUUCCUAUCGAUAUAUUUUCUCACUUGCCAACCAGUUUUCAACCCCGUCCUGUACGGACUCAAACUAACCAAAAUCCAGCUCAUAUGUAAAAGUCUUUUAUUUGGUAAGAUAUGA